AUGACCAAAAUCUUCCUAACCGGCGCAACAGGGUACAUCGGCGGCGACGUCCUCUCCGUCCUAGCCACGAAGUACCCCGAAUUCUCCAUCUCAGCCCUUAUCCGCUCCCCCGAAAAGGCCCAGCAGGUGCAGGCCCAGUUCCCCUCUGUGCGGAUCGUCCACGGGGGCCUCGACAAUUCUGACCUCCUGGAGAAGGAGAGCGCCGCGGCCGACAUUGUGCUUCAUACGGCGGACGCCUCCGACCAUGUCGGCGCCGCAAAAGCCAUCGCGGCAGGUCUGGCGGCCGGCCAUUCCACGGACAAGCCCGGGUACUGGCUGCACACGGGCGGCACGGGCAUCCUGACCUUCGCGGACUCCGAUCGAGGCGUAUUUGGCGAUCGCGACGACAAGGUGUACGAUGACUGGGACGGGGUAUAUGAGCUCACGCAUCUCCCUGACCAUGCCUUCCACCGGAACGUCGACCAGAUCGUGCUGGAUGCAGGUGCCAAAUAUGCCGGCGUGGUGAAGACGGCGCUUGUGUGUCCGCCUACUAUCUACGGACGAGGUCGCGGCCCUUGCUCGCAGCGCAGCCGGCAAGCCUACGAACUAGCAAGGGUCACGAUCCAGCUGCAAAAGGCGCCCAUUAUCGGCGCCGGCCAGUCCGUCUGGAAUAACGUCCAUGUCCAUGACCUGAGCGAUCUGUUUAUGCUGCUCGUGGAGGCCGCCGUCCAGGGUCGCGCGGACGACGGUCUAUGGGGUGCAAACUCCUACUAUCUCGCCGAGAACGGGGAGCACUGCUGGGGCGAUCUUGCGCGCGAGAUGGCCAAGCGGGCGGCGGAGCUGGGAUACAUUCCUCAACCUGUGGCGGAGCCGAUCAACCUCGAUGAUGCGAAGAGAUAUGCCGGCUUUGAGUCGCUCAGCUGGGGGAUGAACUCGCGCGGCCGGGCGCGCCGGGCCCGGAACCUGCUCGGAUGGAAGCCAUCCAGGCCGAGUCUGGAGACUGAAGUGCCGGCGAUUCUGAGAGACGAGUGGAAGAGGUUGCAGAAGUAG